ACCUGAAGAGCAGGAAGGGGCCAAGGCGGGGCCCACGGCGAGGGAAAGGAGGGUCCACGCAGCCCACGCUCCCGCGGAGCAGAGGCCAGCGUCACAGGAAGUGGGGGCCCCACCCUCCAACGUCAGGGGCCGGAAACGAGCGUUGCUGGGGCGCGGAGGUGAGGAGAAAGCCACUGUGGGAAGAGCGUGUCUCGACCAGCACUUGGAUUCAGCUCCUUCAUUUCCAACAUGGAAGAAACUUACAUCGAUUCCCUGGACCCUGAAAAGUUAUUACAAUGCCCCUAUGAUAAAAACCACCAGAUCAGGGCCUGCAGGUUUCCUUAUCAUCUUAUCAAGUGCAGAAAGAAUCAUCCUGAUGUCGCAAACAAAUUGGCUACUUGUCCCUUCAAUGCUCGCCACCAGGUUCCUCGGGCCGAAAUCAGCCACCAUAUCUCAAGCUGUGACGAUAAAAGUUGUAUUGAGCAGGAUGUUGUCAACCAAACCAGGAACCUUGGACAAGAGUCUCUGGCCGAGAGCACCUGGCAGUGCCCUCCUUGCGAUGAAGACUGGGAUAAAGAUUCAACUAGCAUAAACUACAGCACCACAAACUGUGUUUUGCUUUCUUUGGCAGAUCUGUGGGAACAGACCAGCACCCCAUUUGUCUGGGGCACAGCCAACUACUGUGGCAACAACAGCCCUGCAAGCAACAUAGUUAUGGAACAUAAGAGUAACCUGGCUUCAGGCAUGCGUGUUCCCAAGUCUCUGCCGUAUGUUCUGCCGUGGAAAAACAAUGGAAAUGCACAGUAACUGAAUAUCUCAUCAAAUGCCAGACCCUAGAAGACUCUUGCUUCUUCCUGCUACCAAUGGGUUCUUCAUUUUUUUUUUCUCCUAAUUAUAGAAAGAUAAACUGUGACUUUCAAACUGACAAGUACCUUUUUCUUUUUUCCUCCCUGCUUUGAGUCUCAUUCAUUUGAUGCAGGAAAGAACUCUCAAACUCAGAAGAACUGCUUCAAAUAAAGCAUCAACAUAGA